AUGGCCAGUCGCACCGCCGCCCAGCUGCCCGCGACCGCCCAGUGGUACCCGCUCAAGGACAACGCCGUCCUCCCCGCCCCGCUCGCCCGCGACCCUCUCGACCCGUCCUGCUACAGCUACGACCCGCACACCGGCGCACUCGUCGCACCACUCGACCCGAACAAGCCCUUUGUCGCCCACCACCCCGACUUUGUCGCCCUCCUCGGCCCCAACCCGUCCCUCGACCUCGUCGCCGCCCACGACGACUACCCGCUCUUCCACGAGGCCGGUAUCUGGCUCAACGAGACCAACGAGGUCGUCUUCACCGCCAACUGCAACCCCGACUUCCGCAACCCGCUCGGCAAGCUCCGCCUCGACGGCUCUCGCCCGCUCGCCAGCAGCUGGGACGUCGUCGAGCCCCAGCCCGCACCGGGCACCCAGCCCUCGGUCGUCGCCAUCAACGGCGGCACCCUCUUUGGCGACAACCUCCUCCUGUGCUGCCAGGGCACCGACGCCGUCCCCUCGUCCCUCUCGCUCGUGUCGCCCUCGCCGCCCCACACCUCGCGCCCGAUCCUCAACAACCUCCACGGCCGCCCGUUCAACGCCAUCAACGACGUCGUCGUCCUCCCGCCGUUCCCGCACCCGACCGACCGCGUCGACCUGCACGGCGAGGCCGCGACGACCAUCUGGUUCACCGACCCGACGUACGCCUACAUGCAGCGUUCGCCCGGGUACAAAAACCACCCGCCACAGCUCCCGAACCAGGUCUACUGCUUCUCGCCCGCGACGGGCGAGGUGCGCUGCGUCGCCGACGGCUUCGCCAUGCCCAAUGGAAUCUGCUUCAACCACGCCGGGUCGCUCUGCUACAUCACCGACACGGGCAUGAUCGCCGGCGACGGCUCAAUCCAUCCGCAGCGCCCGUCGACCAUCUACGUGUACGACGUCGUGCGUCCUGAUCCUGCGCGAGGCGAGGACGAGCAUUGGGGACCGCGGCUCGAGGGCAGGAGGGUGUUCGCCUACGUCGACUGCGGCGUGCCGGACGGCAUCAAGACGGACAAGGCGGGCAACGUCUACUCGGGCGUGGGCGACGGCGUUGCUAUCUGGAACCAGCACGGCACCCUCCUCGGCAAGAUCACCCUCUUCCCCUCGUCGCCCGCCGCCGUCGUCCUCCCCUCGUCCCUCCCUCUCGCCGCCGCCGCCAAGCCUAAGACGCGCUACUGCGCCAACUUUUGCCUGUGCCCGGGAGGGAGGCUGUGCAUCCUGGCCGAGGACAGAGUGUACGUCGCGCGGCUCGACGAGGGCAAGGUCAGCGGGAGCUUGCUGCCGGAGCGAGCUUGAGCUCGAUGAGCGGCGAGGGCGAGUUCAACGAGUGCCGAGGGACGUAGAGAGUCGUUUGAUAGAGCUUUGUGCAACGUUCAGACCUUUCUCG